CAAUGCCUGAUCAAAGGUCAAGGUCGGAAAACAUUUGUGACCACUUUUCAGUAGUUGAUUGUGUCAUAUCUCCAGUGGAGCAUAACUAGAUGUAGAUGCCAUGCCAGAAGCAUGCUGGAACUGUAAAAAAGAAGACUGCACAAAGCAAUGUAGUAAAUGUCAUAGGGCUUACUACUGUGACAGAAAUUGCCAGACAAACCACUGGGCAAAACACAGGGAAAAAUGUAAAAUUCAUAAAAUAUUUCGCCAUGUAACCAAAGCAAUAGGAAAACAUGGAGUCUUUGAUAAUGCUCUCAUAGGAGCUUUUUCAUUUUAUUACAAUCUUCGACAACGUAAGAUAGAAUCCUGCAUGAAAUUGGGAUAUUGGAUCACAAAGACUUCUAGUCAAUCGGAACAAAUUCGACGUCAUGUGUGGGUAGAUGUAGGUGGCCAGGAGUUUGACCCUGGGAGAGAAAUCAAUGCAAUUAUGUUUAAGACAUAUGAAGUUUAUAUAGCACUGAACGUCCUGUGCCCACAGAGAUUGUGUGAAGACAAAGACGUGCCAGAAGGAACAGUUUUUGCAGAUCCAGAAGACCAACAUCAACAAGAAAUGGAGGAUGAUUUUUAUCGGUUGACACAGCAUGAGAGUGAUCAAAAGUGGUUCAUUGAUAAAAUGUUCAACAGGUUUGGGAAUAUUUUGUGCAGGAAGAUAUUUCCUGAUUAUGACUAUUUGCCUCCUAAAACUUCGAAAAUCACUUUGGCUGAAGCCGAUCCUACUGCAGAGAAUAACAGUAAAAGCAACUCUGGGGCAGCCAUCAGAGGGGACAUAACAAGUAUAACAAAUGAUGCUGAUGACACAAAAAGUGCAGAAACUGCUACUAUAGCUGAUUCAAAUGACCAAAGACCCAUUAAGGGUGACACUGAAAAAGAACAUGAGGUUAAUUUCAGAACAUCUAAAAGUUCCAUAAAAGUUCAUAGCAAACAAGCUACAAGGAUGUUGAAAAAAGCGAAGAAAAGGGAAAGUUUUGCAAUAUGCCGACCUCAUCCUCUGGAGGACCAAUUAGAUUGACAUCUCAGUAUGAUUAAAAUUUUCAUUGAUUGAAACCAUGUGCCACUUAUCUUAUGUCUGAUGAUAAUAUAUUUUCAAGUUUAAAAUUUUAGCAUCUUUGAUGCAUAGGGAAAUUGAUUACUUUUGUAAUAAGCUGAAUCCAUUUCUUAUUUUUUCUAGAACAUAAUUAGAGUUUAAAGUUUUCACCUUUUUAAAGGUUAUUCUUGUAAAGAAUAUUAUUAUAAUGAAUAUUUGGAUUAAGCCUGUUGAAUUUAGACCACAUCUUUAUCUAUAGGUCUGUCUCUGUUAAUUUCAUAAAAUAACUUUAUUUCUGGUAUAUUUUCAUUAUAACAGUAUAAUGUUUCUUUGGAAGGUUAUAUUUCCUCCAGACAGGAACAGACCUGAUUUGAUUAUCUUGUCUGAAUCAAGUUACAUAUCAAAAUCUUAACUCAAAGACAUACAUUGUGUGAAAAUUUUGAAGAGAUUGUAUGUCUUUUUAGAGGAAAGUUGAAAAUUGUGAUCAGAAGGGAUUUAAUUUUUAAGAGAGGAAAGAAUGUCACCUAAUUGAGAACGUUCAAGAUAUAUGAUUUAGAAUCAACUUGACUGUUCAUACCUGGAAGUGUGAUCUUUAUUAUUAAUCGUACUUACUUUGUUACCUCCACCAAGGAGGUUAUGUUUUCAACCCUGUUUGUUUGUCUGUCUGUCUUUCUGUCUGUCUGUCUGU